AUGAACGACAUCGUUACGCGCUCUGCAGUAACGACACCUUCGUGCUCUGGUGCUUCAUUCACUAUCAUCUCUAGCCAAUCUGGUAUGAGCUCUAGCGCUGUUACACCCACGGGCACCAGCACUGCUACUGUAACCGGUAUUGUGCCUGUCUCUGCUGGCAAUAGAAACGUCGCCGUAGAUGCACACGAUUAUAAACUGAGCUUUGCGCGCCAGACCCAGUCUCUUGCUCACAUUGAUGUCGCCGACCUGUUUGCUGUGCGUGCUGAGUUGGGUACCUUCGUGUUCUGGUAG